UAGAGGAAGAAACUGUGGUUCUCACAUUGGUUCCAGUUAAUGAAGAAACUAAUGAAGAACAUCAGGUAGAACCAAGUGUUUCCUCAACUUCAGAAGUUGGCCUGGAGAUGCCUGGGACAAACGAUAAAGUUUGUCAUCUUCAAAUGAAUGAACAAUUCAAGUCUUGUCCAAAACAUAGUUGUUGUAAUACACCGAUCCUUCCCUUGCCAACCAGUUUGCCUCCAGUUAAUAAAGUACGUUGGGACACUUUGCGAAACUGGUGCCAACAAUUUAAUUUGAGUACCGAUGGCCGGAAAAUAGAUGUUUAUUUGAGGCUCCAGAAACAUGCUUACUCUGAAAUAAACGAGAAUAUUCCUAAAAUAUCACCAGAGGACCAAUUGCAGUCAUGUUCGACAAAAUGCAAGAUGGCAACCAAGAGAGCAAGGAUUCGGAAACGUUGUAAGAAGAGUGAAAGAGAGGAAGGGAUUAAUAUAGUUGAAGUGAUAACUUCAGCACAAGAAGGCAUGUUGGCAGCGUGGUCAAGAAUUGCUGCAAGAGGCAGUCAAUCCAAGUCUGUGAAUUCACGUCCCAUUCCUGUUUCCGUUGAGACUUUUCUGCUGCAAGCCUCUGGUGUCAGGUGGUGUGUGGUCCAUGGCAGACCUCUCUUGGCAGACACAAAAGGUUGGGUUCGCCUGCAGUUUCAUGCAGGUCAGGCCUGGGUGCCUGACACCCCCAAGAGGAUGAUUUCUCUCUUCCUGUUGCCCGCCUGUACUUUCCCAUCCCCGGGCCUUGAAGAUAAUAUGUUAUGCCCUGAAUGUGCUAAGAGGAAUAAGAAGAUAAUGAAAAGAUUAAUUGCAAUGGGGAAGGAGAGGCGACGUGGCUUGAAUACAUCAACAUCUUUCCCUUUGAGUGGGCCAUAUCUUAAUAAAGAAUAAAUGGUGGAGAUCCUGUGGCUACUAUUGAUUUUCAUCCCAGUGACUGUCGUGCUCUGUCCUGACCAUCCUCAGUGUUGCCUGAGGCCUUGGGCACAGAUGUGAGUGUCUAGAUUCUGUGCUUGAGGUUUGCCAAGACGUGACUGCUACUGCUACUUCAAGUAUUUAGUUGUAUAGAAUAUAACUUAGUUCUGUUUUCAUUCAUAGGUUUUUAAAGUAGUUUCAGGCUUUCAGAAAAAAUUGAGCAGAAAGUAGAGUGAAAUACUGCCUCAACUCCUUCCCCUGCUACCAAAAUCCUUCACCAGAGUGAUGCAGGUGUUGAACCUACAUUGACUUAUCAUCAUGCAAAGCCCAUGGCUUACAAGAGGAUUCACUUUUUGUGUUGUACAGUCUAUGGGUUUUGACAAGUGUAUAAUGACCACCUACAUCCACCAUUAUGGUGUCAUCAAAAUAGUUUCGCUACUCUAAAACUUUCAUGUUCUAUUCACUCAGCACUCUCUUACCAUCAACCCCUGACCACUGAUCUUUUUACUGUCUCCAUGGCUUUGCCUUUUCUAGAAUGUUAUGUAUUUGGAAUCAUAAGAAGCCUUUUCAAAUUAACUUCUUUCACAGCAAUGUGCAUUUAAGUUUCUUCCUUUUCAUGACUUGAUAGCCUACUUCUUUUUGGUGCAGAAUAUUCCAUUGCCUGCAUGUACCUUAGUUUGGUUAUUCAUUCACACAUUAAAAGUCAUCUUGGCUGCUUCCAACUUUUGGAAAUUAUGAAUAAAGCUGCUUUAUUGUGUGCAGGUUUUUGUAUGGGUAUGCCCUUUCUACUUAUUUAGGUAAAUACCAAAAAGCAUGAUUGCUGGAUCAUGUGGUAAAAGUAUGUUUAGUUUUGUAAGAAACUGCCAAACUGUCUCCCAAAGUGGCUGUACCAUUUUGCAUUCCUACCAGGAACGAUUGAGAGUUCUUGUUGCUCCACAUCCUCACCAGCAUUUGGUGGUGUCAGUGCUUUGGAUUUUGGCCAUUCUGAUGGGUGCGUAGAAGCAUCUCAUUGCUUUAACCUGCAGUUUCCUAAUGACCUGACAUGUUCAGCACCAUUUCAUGUGCUUAUUUGUCAUCUAUAUAUCUUCAGUGAGGUUAUCUAUUCAGAGGUUUUUGCCCAUUGUUUUUCAUCUGGUUCAUUUUCUUAUUGUUGGGUUUUAAGAAUUCUUUUAUAUUUUGAAUGGUAGCCUUUUAUUGGAUAAGUCUUUUGCAAAUAUUUUUCCCAGACUGACUUGUUUUCUCAUGCUCUUGAUUAAUUUGUAUAUUUAGAUUAUUGCUGUUGCCAUAGAUGGAUUAAAAUCUGUGUUUGUUUUCAACUCCCUUUUUUAUGUGUUAUGUAAGUAAUGAUCAACAAGCUCUUAAGGCUA